GCUUUGCUCAUUCAGGCUAUGUACGCCGGAACAAACUCGUGCGAUGCGGUGAGAAUAACAGUCUCACAACUAAAGAAAUAUAUUAGUGAAAACGAACGAACUGAAACGAAUUAUUAAUUAAAAUUUAACCAAAAAAUCGAAGUUCUUUGUUGUUGUUGUGUUUUGAGUGAUGAUGUUAGAUUUUGAGUGACCAGUGGCGUAUUGAGUGCAUGUUUUGGAUCCCGUUGGCCGCUUAUCAUAAAAGCACUAGCUAUCUGUUUUAGCGGUAGUUGAAUGCGGUGUGAAUUUGUUGCAAGAUGAACAAGGAGCUCACAUACUGAAUCAUGAUGUGCCGGUUGGAAAAGAUGACUUUCCUAGUCGUGGGAUGACACAGGAUCCUGUCAAGUAUAGCCAGUAACAAUGUCGCAGUCGCUAGGCCUGGGCGGGGAGCGGCGGUACUCCGUGCCCUCCAACCCCCUCAUGCACGACCCUCGCGGCAUGCACUCCGAGGAUCUCCAUGCCUGGUCUAUUUACAGACAAAAUCUGAACUCUGACUUCACGGACAGCGCGCUGGGUAGCACCGACAAGAGCCCGCUCCCAUACGGAAACUUUCAGCUGCGGGACACCACUGUGCAGUCCAUACUGUCCCAUCCGAGAUAUGGACCCAAAUCAGCUCUGGGGUCGAACAUGUACACCUACUUGAAGUUUGGGCUGCCGCGCGUCUUCCCACCGAAUCACAACGGCUCCCAGCGAUCCGGCACGCCCAAGCCGAAAAACUCCAUCGGCAGUGGCAUGAAACCGGCGCCUAGGAUACAUAGACAAAGCAGAGGCGUGCGCGAAACUUCAUCCGGGUACGACAGUUCAGACAACGAGACCACCACAAACUAUAAACACAGUCGCAAGUACCGCUCCGACCCUGACUUCAGGAUGCAGAACCUACACACUUCCUAUCAGGCCAGUACAGGAGUGCCCCUCGUAGCGAUGCAGCAGGCUGGCAUCCGCGGAGAGUGGACGAGUAGUCGUCACAAGUCAGUCAGUGAGGCCAACCUUCUGGGCAUCGACGCCAGACCCCGCCAUUACAACAGGAGAAGUAGUGUCGCCGACUUCGUGCCUGAUAAUGAUCAUCACAGUUAUUUAAUGCCAUCGUCCCACCUCGGCGGCCGCAUGUCGAAAGCCGGUAGCCAUCUGUCGGCGCCGCAGUCCAGGAAGCACUCCACGCUCAGGCCGGGAGACCACUUGGACGGAUACACACAUUCAGCGUAUAUUUAUCCUAAUUAUUAUGUAAACAGUUUAGAAAUCACAUCGCCGGAAAACAAAUCGACUCUGUUAGUGUCAGGGCUGAGUUUCGAGGUGAAGUCGGGAGAAAUAUUAGCAGUUCUAGCAACAUCACAACAUGAGGCCACCGGACUUUUGGAUGUUUUGGCUGGCGUCAGAAAGAAACUAUCCGGCGACAUAGUUCUCAACGGUCAGCCAGUGGCGUCCUCCACGCUUCGGAAGGUGGCAGCUUACGUCAGGAAGGACACGUCUUUAUGCCCUUCUAUGACUGUGGAACACACGCUGCGGUUCCACGCGGCGUUGCGGAGGCCUAGGACUCAUCACAGCCAGGUCAAGAUGGACGAUAGGGAUAGAAUUAAUUUAUUGAUAGAAGAAUUAGGCCUCGAGCAAGUCAGAGACACAAUAGUAGGGAGACUGACCCGCUCCGAAGUCAGAAGACUCAACGUAGCCUGCCAAUUGUUACUGGACAUGGCUGUGCUGAUCCUGGACCAACCUACGAAGGAAAUGGACAUCUUCGACACAUUCUUCCUGGUGGAAUACCUGAGGAACUGGGCCAGCACUGGGAGAGUGGUUAUUAUGUCCUUGCAUCCACCGACUUACGAAAUUUUUGCGAUGCUGACGAAGGUUGUAUUAAUAUCGGCGGGUAGAACAAUGUUCAGCGGGUACAGAAGAGACAUGUUGCCAUAUUUCGCGUCAAUCGACUAUCCUUGUCCAGCAUUUAAGAAUCCAUCAGAUUACUACCUGGACCUGGUAACGCUGGACGACCUAUCAGCGGCGGCCAUGUUGGAGUCGUCGGGCCGCAUCGAGGCGCUGGCGGGCGUGUUCGCGUCCGCGCACGCGCCGCCCGACGCGCCGCCGCCCGUGCCGCUCCCCGCGCCCGACUCCCUCCACGCGCCGAGCGUGGCCGUACAGGUCUUUGCUCUCGUUGAAAAGUGCCUGGUCUUCACACUAAUGACAACACUGUCCAACGUGAUCACCCGCAUCCUCAUAGCCGCUAUCAUGUCCAUCGUCACUGGCACAAUAUUUUGGGAUUUACCAGCCACCGAUGCUAAGCUAACCCAAAACGACAGAAUAGGCUAUCACUACUCGGUGAUGUGCUUGACUGUAUGGCCUCUACUGCUGUGGCUGAGUGCAAGAGAAGCCAGCUCGAUACGGCAUCACGUGGAGAGAGACAUCGCUGUAGGACUCUAUUCGAGGACUGUGUUCAUUUUGUUUGAUCAAUUCGUGGAGCUCUGGUCUGCAGCGUUGACGUGGCUAGCAUUUAUAGUGCCCAGCUACGCCAUGUCGGGUUUGUACGCACAGUCGGCCGCCUCCUUGGAUGGAUUCUAUAUUUAUAUAGGAUAUAUGCUGCUAUACUUAAUAAGUAUACAAAUGUUGUGCCGCGCGACUAUAUUCGUGGUACCGAUGGAGAAGACAGCGUCAAUGAUAUCAGGAUUAUGUCUCCUACUGAGCACACUUGUGAACGGAGUGAUGCUGCACCAGCAAGACUUGCCUUACUACGUCAAGUGGCUGGAGUAUGUGUCGCCAUCUAGGUGGACGAUUGCGGAACUACUGCAGAGGGAGUUGAGUGACACAGCGCUUAAAAACAGUAUUAGCAAGGAGAUGCGGUGCACUAAUAAGCAGAGACCAUACCAAGACAUCAUAGUACAAUCGCCUUGCCCUCCUCCAGACGGCACUCAAGUAUUAUCCAACUUCGAGUACAGGAGAUCAAACAACAUUUGGGAGACCAAUGAGGAAACUUUCCUCAUAGCACUAGCGAUUUUCUACGGCGUCUUUGCUUUAGUCGGUAUGUUCGCUUUUGUGUUCGACUGUACAAAAUAUGUUAAGAGAAAGGAGCGAGCCGCUAUGAAGGGUCAUAAGAUUACAGCUAAUACACCAUAGGUAUUUGUAUAGAAGAAUGUUUUUUUCUAGAUGCAAUUCUAUGCAUAAGAAUUAAUAUAAAAAUCUGUGAAAAUAGUGUUGAAGUCUAUGAGCGCUAUUCGUGCAAUAUCUUCGAAUAUAAAAAAAAUAUAACUGUGUUUGAGGAUGUGAUUAUCUGUUUCCCAUGCAUGCAUAGUUUUUUUUAUUGUGAUAGAGGUAAAGAUCAUAAUAUCAGUUUAAUCCAUUAUAGUCCAGAUCCGGAGUACAUAAAUAAUAUUAUUUUUCAUAUGAUAUAUGCUUAUGUAGGUAUAAUAUUUUAUUAUAAUUUACACCUUUGUAUGUGAAUCACAAAAAAAAUGUUAUAUUCAUUUUAGAAAAAAAAAAUGUUUUGCAUGUAAGGAAAUUAUGGCAUAAUAUUUCUUUAUAAUAAAUUAGCUAGGAGAUUAUAAAUUUGUUAAGAUUGAGUGAAUGUACAAAAUUAACGAUCAUAAUAAUAGUUAUAAAUGAAAAAUGUGAAUCGAAAGGCUGACUUAAUUAACGUCUUCCGUCCAUAUGAAUUUUAUCAGUCGCAUAUUUGUAUAUUUAGAUAAUGUUAGAAAAUUUUGCAUGUACUGCAUGUAAUAUACCGUUUUCUGCACAUAUCUAAAUAAUUGUUUUGAAAAUGUGACAGAAAAUGUUGUAUAACUUAAAUUAUCCAAGUAUAAUUUGCUUAUUAUAUACCUUAGUUAUUUAAUGUAGAUAAUUUCGUGCCCCAUGGUGCCUAUUGUAGUCAAUAAAGUUCGAAAUCACAAUUUAUUUAAUAAUUCUUAAUAUAUUUUUCUCAUUCUACGCACAUUUUAAAAUGGAAUGUGGUGACUACAGAAUGUCUUUUUUUCUUUUCGCCACUUUUGAUUGCAGAAAAGUGACGUAAGCACUAACCCUUUAUAUUUUUGUAAAUAUUACGCGAAAUUACAAACUAGAUCACUGCCUUGGCCUAAUGCUCAUUUUGGUUUUAAGCAAAAUUAUACAUUUUCAUUAAAGUAUUUUAAGUUUAAUAAAUAAGAUCAAAAAGAGUAUAGUGUAGUUUGAAAUAAAAGUGGAGCCAUAUCACUUAAAUAUAGAAAAAAAAACCUAUUGUUAAGUUACCCUAAUGUUGGAUAUAAUUAUGAUCAUGAAUAAUAAAAGAAAUAAUUGUAUUAU